AUAGUAAAUAAUUCUCCAUUCGGGAUAAGUGAUUAUGAAGAGACGGAGAUGCGGAAGUUCUGAGUUUGAAGAAGGUCAAAGUCCUAAACGUGCGGUGAGAGGCACAGGUGGUGAGUGAGGAGGAAUGGGAAAAGUGAAAGAGUUGUUGAGCUAAAUUAAAUGCACGGAGUUUUGCGCACGGAGAAGAAGAAACGAAGACAAUGCAAUCCGUGAAAACAGCGGAAGUGUUGAACGUCUCGGAAGGUGGGUUAGAAGACAAGGCAAAGAACCUCACUUCAAGCCUCGACAAUGGUGACCGCCAACACGUGCAGAUUGAUUCUGGCACCGCCCUUCAGCAAUUUCUUGAUCGCAUACCCAUUAAUUCGAUACCUGGCAUAAAAAACUCACCUGUUUUGGAAUUGAAAGCCGGAGACAGUUUAAGGGAUGCAAUUCAUACGUUGUACGAAAAGGACGUGUUUUCUGCAGCAAUUGUCGACAUGGACUCCGAUGCGGUUAACAUGACGUUUUCAGAUCAGUACAUUGGUCUCGUUGAUUUUACAAGCAUGGUUCUUUGGUGCCUUGAGGAAUAUGAAAAGAUCACAGACAAUCUCAAAUCUAUCAAGAACGGUGGCUUUUUCUCCGUCCUGGACCAGAUUCCUCAGAUUGGGCAAACCAAGAUUAGCGAGUUGGCUAUGUCAUUCCUCUGGGAACCAUUUUUCCCCGUAAACUUGGAUGAUACGGUUUUGCAUGCACUGCUACUUCUCUCUAAGCAUCAGGUGCACGUUUUGCCGGUCGUGCAGCAACGUGAAGAUGGAAUCAUCGGUUUUGUUACACAGAAUGCAGUAGUCCAACACCUUCUUCAAUCAAGUGAACUAGAGUGGUUUGAUAACAUUGCAGACAAGAACUUGUCAGAUUUGCGAUUUGAAGGCCUAGAAAAUCCUAGUUGUGUAUUUGCAGACCAAACUGUCGCAGAUGCUUUAAAGACGUUCUGCCAAAACCAAACUAGUGCAGUAGCUGUUGUAGAUCGAGAAACAAAGAAGCUCCUUGGUAAUGUGAGGAAAAGUGAUGUUCAUAUUCUUGUAAAGAAUAAUGACAUCUUUAGAAGUAGAACGAUUUUAACUGUGGGGGAAUUCAUUCACAUGGAGACUGAGAAAGCAGAAACUAAGCCAAGCAUUGAACGUGAUCAAGGGGCUUUUCUCACCGCAGGAAGUCUUCGGCUGAAGAACAGCUUCAUACCCAGAAUGGACUUGCCAGUUGCCAGCAAUGAAAAUGAAACGCUGAAGCAAAUAAUGGAGCAUACCACAGAGACUAACAGCAGUUUCAGCUUUCUCGUCAAUGAUAAGGAGCAAGUUACAGGUUUUCUCACAUUGAGAGAUAUAAUUCUGCAGUUUGCUCCCCCAUGUGUUAAUUCCACCAUUAAUGGAGGUGGCUUCUUUGAAUUUGCCUUGGAGCAAAGUGGAUGUCAUGUGAAAGAUGGAACUAUGAUUCGUAAUCACUGAUCUGAUACAGUAAUGCUUGAAGACUACUUCUGCAAACUAUGUACGGAUGCACGAAGAAGAAGCCAACAACAAGAGAAAAACAAUACAAGCAAGAAAAAAAAACCAGAAAAGAGAAAGAAAUUGUUAGCAUUGAGUGAGUAGAGUACAAGUACAAAAUUGUGGAAUAAAUUAGAAUUUUAUAUUUAAAUUAAUAAUUAGUCGACAUGUUCACGGGUCUAAAAUUCGUAUGUUUGAAUUAAAAUAUAGAAUUUAAUUGGAUUGAGUAUCUAAUAAAAGUUUUGAAUUUUAUUAAUUCGACUCUAACUUUUUCUGAUAAUGUGGGGGGUGCAGGAUAGAGGCACGGCCAUAAUCUAUUGGGCCGCUCGGCAAAGCCCACUUCAAGGAACCUUGCAAGAAAAAGACAAUAUUAGAACGGAAAUACCUUCGAAUUUUUAUUUUCUUUAAAAAAGUUAUAGCUAUUUAUUUGCAAGAAAAAAGACAAUAUUAG